GUUUCAUAGGAACAAUCCAGAUGUAAAUACAGUCAAUGAAAUAUUAGCUCAGUUUUUGAUAGCACUUCUGCGAAAACUAAUAACGUGAUCUUUCUAACGGUCAGCAACACGAACGCUGCAGUUAUAAGCGCAACAUUUGCAAUGCGAUCUACGUUAACAAAUGCUGCUGCAAGGAUACCGGGGUGACUUGAACGAUACUUCUGUUAUUGUAUCCAUUCGUUUAUAGUAUAUCUCGUUUAUUUACGUGCAUCCGAGAAACAACAUGCAUUUAUCGACAUAUUUUAACGACGCGCGCAAUGCAUGUGUCUCGAGCCACGCUGAAUAACACACGAGACGUGCAUGAACGUGCAAAUAAGAAAAAACAACUUCAGACUUUAGUGGACGUUGUUUAAAAUGUCGUCGGAGACGGACAAGUUGACAUGGACGCUGACGGGAGCUACAGUCGCUUGUGUUCUUGCGGUGUAUGUAGCUUGUGCUCCGCGCACUGUGCCCGGUGGAGACUCAGGAGAGCUGAUCACUGCUGCUUGUGAGCUUGGGGUGGCCCAUCCUCCAGGAUACCCUCUCUUCACCAUGCUCUCCUCUCUGAUGCUUGCGCUGUUGCCGCUCAGCUCUCCGGCUCACAGUAUCAAUGUCCUGUGUGCUGUCUUUGGGGCCGGGGCCAGCGGGGCCCUCUGCUUCACUGUCUGCAGGGCGGCAGAACCCGGUCCAGGGGCCAUCCUGGCAGGUGGAGUGUUUGCUGUGUCCAGACUGGUAUGGCAGUGGUCAGUCGUGGCUGAGGUCUUCUCAUUUAACAACCUGUUUGUGGGUGUCCUCUUCUCCCUCUCGGCCAGUUUCCACUGUGCAGAAAGUCUAAGUCAGAAGAAGAAGUUUGCUCUGUGGGGGGCGCUGUGCUGUGGUCUGAGUCUUUGUAAUCAACACACACUGGUCUUGUAUGUUGUCAUCAUAAUACCGUGGGCUCUUCUACACCUCUACACUCAUGUUGGAUUGUCCUUCUUUGGUCUGGUGUCUCUGGGGACGUGCUUCGUGGCUGGCUUCGUGCCUUACAUCUACCUGCCCAUUUCCUCUUAUAUGAACAGAGCUCGCUGGAGCUGGGGAGACCAGACUUCUGUCAGCGGCCUCCUCAUACACCUGCUUAGAGCUGAAUAUGGCACUUUCAGCCUGGCAAAAACAAAAGAAAACCUGAACCUCAUGAAGAUGUUACAGGCCCAGUGGACUCACUGUAUGAAUGAUCUGUCUAUUCCAUUAUUAGUGUUGGCAGGUCUAGGCAUUCUCUUCUCUCUGUGGAACAGACGGCGCUGUUUUUUUGGCUGGUUGAUGAUCACCAUGGUGAGCAUCUACUCUGUGUUCUUUGCUUGGAGAGCAAACCUGGACAUUGAGAAGCCACUUCUACUGGGAGUGGUGGAGCGGUUCUGGCUGCAGGCUGAUGCUGGGGUGUGUGUUGUGGCUGGUCUGGGUCUGAACUGGGCAUUGUGUUGGCUAGACAGAUGUCUGGGAUGGGGGAGAGUGUGGAGCACAGGGGCCUGGAUUCUCACUGCAGGCCUCAUCUCACACAUGAUCAGCUUAAAUCAUAGAGAGUGUGAUCAGAGCAGUAAUGACAUUGUGGACAUGUUUGCUCGUGAGGUAGUGUUCUCAUUGCCGGAGGGCUCAUUGGUGCUGACACGAGGUGAUCUCCCUGGCAACACGCUGCGCUACCUGCACUACUGCCAGGGUGUGCGGCCAGACCUCAGCCUUGUCGACCAGGAGAUGAUGACCUAUAGCUGGUAUGUGGCUAAACUCCAGAAGCAUUUUACCGGAGUGAAGUUUCCUGGCCGCUGUUGGGAUCCAGUCAACACUGCGGAAAAGAAGACAUUCAGUAUUGUGCAGUUUCUCAAGCACAAUAUGCACAGGCCCGUAUUCGUGUGUAUCGGCCUAACAGAGGGCGAUCCCAGCUGGGAGAAGAGUUACUCUCGCUGGCCCUGGGGCAUCUGUGAGCAACUGGUACCAAUCAAGACCCCAUUUGAACCAGAGAAAUGGGCCCAGCGUACACUUCACCUCUACAACUGGAGCCAGCCACAUGACAGCUUUCACCCUGGUUCCUGGGAGAGAGUUGCCAAUGACGAGAUGUGGCAGGCCAGGAUGAAGACAGCUUUCUUCCUCUUUGAUCUGGCUGAGAAGAUGGAGAGAGAACAGCAGGCUCGUCUCUAUGAAAUCUCCUUCCAUCUGUAUUGUCAAAUAGUGGAUGCCCAGGUAGACUACCCAGCCAACUGGGAUAAGAACCUGGCUCUAGCUGCAGAACGUUUGCUGCUCUCAGGGGGCGGAAGCCACGGUCGAGAAACCCUCCUGAGUCGCAGCAUCCGCCACUUCAGCCGCUACCUUCAGAGAGAACCCACCGAUCCCCAGAACAAAGCCAUUCGCUCAGUCAUCACACACCUUAGGAAAGAGAGGGACAAACUCAGAGACAGACAAAAGGGCUGAGACAUUGUAUAAAACAAUGCUGAAAGCCUUUGAAAUCCUAAACAACAUAGACAAUACAUACGAUAGGUGCCCCCUUUGACAGGGGCACACUACACAACAGAGAAGGUAACACAUUAAAAAGACUUCAAGAUAUGCAGGUAAGACUAAGUUUAAUCUGCAUUUUACUGAGAGAGAGUUUUGCACAGUAAAAAGUAAUGAAAGUGCUAAAAUAGACAAAUACAGUGGCCUCAAAAAGUGUUUAGACACCUAAGCAAGUGGCAUUUAUUUUAAAGAAAGAUAGCAUAAGCACAUCCACAAAAACUUUGCUUAAAAAAAUUAAUCUAUAUUAGUUUUUUACCUUUGAACUUAUAAAAUAAUAGAUGUGUUCAAAAUGAAGACAAGGUAUUUGAACACUUUCUGGUUACCAAACCUUAAAAGAAGAUGGCCAUAGUUAAUGUGAUGAUCUACACAGGUGGUUACUGUGCCAGGACACCUGUAUGAACUUGAGGGACAGUGACACCUAAAAAUUGAUAACAGUUGGUUAAAAGCCAUUGCAAAAAGGCUUUUUUUGAGAAAAGAUCUAGCAUCAUUUGUUUGCUGAUGCCACUUUAUUUUGUUAUCAAAUACAAUACCAUUCAACCAUUUUUAAGUGUGGCCUUAAUGUCCAAAUACUUUUUGGAGCCUCUAUAUAUCAGAACACAAGAGUUUUGCAUAGGCCACUGAUCCACAACCUCAUUAUUGCAGAAUGAGCCAUCCAUUUAGUUUGAUCUGAUCUAAUGUCAGUUAUACAUAAAUUAUGGUUUAAAUAGACUGUAUGGCCUUGUGGACACUCCCUUAUCAUUAACAGGUUUGGCUAUUGUAUUAUUCCAUUGAAUAAAAUCUUACUUCCAACAAAAAUAAAAAUGGUUUACUGAUGAAUUAAGAGGAACUGGAAUGCCAACAGCAAACCAGACCCCAUCCAUCUUCUAUCAGUACCUGACCUCAUUAAUGCUCUUAUCUCUUGUUGAAUGUUUAAUUUCAAACGCAUGGGCAUUAAUCCUUCCCUUUGCUGCUUUCAUAGCUUUCACUCUUCUGGGAAGGCUUUCCAUUAGAUGUUGUAACAUGGCUGCAGGGAUUUGCUCUCAUUCAGACACGAGAGCAUCAGUGAGGUCAGACACGGAUGGUGGGUGAUGGGACCUGUCUCACAGUAGGCAUUCCAAAUCAUCCCAAAGGUUUUCACUGGGGUUCAGGUCUGGGCUUUGUGCAGGCCAGUCAAGUUCAUCCAUACCAGAGUCAUUUAUUUAUGGAGCUCACUUUGUGCAAAGCGACAAUUUCAUGUUGGAAGAGAAAAGGGGCCUCGCUAAACUAAACUAGUGUAAAAAUUGAAAGCAAUUCUCUUGAUGUCAUUGUAUACCGUAGCAUUAAGAUUUGUCCUCACAGAAAUGACUUGUGUAGAAGUGUCUACAUAUUUUACCAUAUAGUGUACUGUAAACAUGAAGUUGUAAUUUCUAUGUUUUUUUUCCAAUUUGUUGAUGUCCUUCAUGUUACUAGAGAAUUUGUACACGGUAGGUAAGGGACAUACUCUUGUAAACUCAAUCACAAGUGAAACUCUAAAAGACUUAACAAUGUUUGUCUGUUUGUUUCUGUUGUAAUAAAAUUUUC